AUGAGCGGGAAGUUCGUGAGAGCGUCGAAGUUCAGACACGUGUACGGGCAGCCCUUCAAGAAGGAGCUCUGCUACGAAAACCUCAAGCCGACGCUGUCUGCGUUUGACAGCAACAUCAUCCAGUGCAACGGGGUGUACAUCGCGUUGAAUGCAAACGGAAUCGGGUCGUUCACAGUGAUCCCCGUGGACGAGGUGGGCAAGGCGCCGGACAAGGUGCCGAUGUUCAGAGGCCACACGGGCGGCAGCGUGCUCGACACGGCCUUCGACCCGUUCGACCAGCAGCGGGUGCUCUCGUCGGGCGAGGACGGCAAGAUCCUCAUCUGGGAUAUCCCGCAGGACUACUCGUACGUGAACGUCGACCCGGAAAACAUUGUCGACGUGCAGCCGCAGGGCGCCCUGGUGGGCCACGCACGCAAGGUUGGUCACCUGCAGUUCCACCCGUGCGCCAAGGACGUCCUCGCGUCGUCCUCGUUCGACUACUCCGUCAAGAUCUGGGACGUGGCGCAGAAACAGUGCAAAGUCACCCUCCAGCACAAGGAUCUCAUCACCUCCUUCUGUUUCAGCUACAACGGCUCCAAGAUCGCCACCGCGUCCAGAGACAAGAAGAUUCGGGUCUGGGACACCCGCUCGGGCGAGCUCCUCUCAGAGGGUCCCGGCCACCUCGGGGCCAAGGCCUGCAGGGUUCUCUGGCUUGGCAACACCAACAGACUCGUCACCACCGGCUUCGACAGGUUUUCCGAGAGACAGGUCGGUCUCUGGGACUCCGACGACGUCGCCAGAGGCCCCAUCGGCGGUUUCAUCUCCAUCGACUCCUCCUCGGGCACCCUCAUGCCCUUCUUCGACCCAAGCACAAACCUCUUGUUUGUAGCAGGGAAGGGUGACGGUAAUGUGCGCUACUUUGAGUUUGCCGACGACGACCUGCACUUGCUCAGCGAGUACCCGUCAACCGAGGCCCAGCGUGGCUUUGCCGUCGCUCCGAAAAGAUACGUCAACGUCAAGGAAAACGAGCUGGUCCGGGCAUACAAGUUGCUCAACGACAACUCCAUCGAACCUCUCUCGUUCAUCGUCCCAAGAAGAUCGGAAAUGUUUCAGGAAGACAUCUACCCUGAUGCUCCGGCAGACAAGCCAGCCAUCACCGCAGAAGAAUUUUUUGCCGGCAAGACCGUCGACGGCCCUAUUUUGUGCUCGAUGAGAGACAUAUACGAAGGAGUCACAUCCCCAGCUCUUUCCGAGUCGAAACCCCCUCAAGAGAUCAAGAAGGAAGAACCGAAGCCUGCCUCCCAGCCUACAGAAACAAAGCAAGAGACACCGAAAAAGGCGUCAUCUCCAUCACCGAUAGCUAAGGUGGAACCGAAGGAUGAGCCAAGAGCAGUUUUCACCCAUUCCCAGGAACAGGGUGUUGAAAAAAUGUUGAACGAAAAGGGCGUCAACAAGCUCCUGGACAAGGUAAACACCCUCUCCGACGAUGACACCCAGGAUGUUGAGGUCGACGCCGACAACGACGACGAGUGGGCCGACAAGAAGUCUGCCUCUACGACACCUUUGACCACUACGUCUUCCGCCUCUGCACCUAACGCAAACGCAAUGGUCGAACCUGAAAAGGAAGAACCAAAGGUUGAACCUAAAAAGGAAGAACCAAAGGUCGAACUCAAAAAGGAAGAAGCAAAGGUCCCUAAAAAGGAAGAACCAGAAGUUGUGCCAAAGGCCGAGGUUGAACCAAAGCCAGAAUCUACGUCUGCUACAUCUACUUCAACCACAGCUAAGGUAGGCGCCGCAGCCACCGGCUUGAAGGCCAACUUGGACAGACUACACCAGCUUGUCAACACACUCGAGGCCAAUGUGGAAAAGCUUACGCUUGCCAACCAAGCAAAGGACGAAAAACUGCAAGCCUUGGAGGCCAAGAUUGACCUUCUCUUGAAGAAAUAG